AUGUCACCACAAGGCGGCGUUGGAACGAAGGCCGACAACGCCGAGUACUACCCCUCGGGAAGGCUGGCGUCAGUCUUCAAGGAGGACGGGUCAGGCUUCAUUUAUUACCCAUCAGGCCUCGUCGCAGUGUGCAAGGGAGUUGUUGACGGACGUGGUCGAUAUUACGUCUACGGCGACGACCGGAGAUCCACCCCUCUCGGGGCGGUCAACGAGCAUGGCGUGGGAUUCUUCCUGGGCCCAUCCGGCGUGCGCUUGGCGCUAAGCAAGGUGGGAGGGCUCAUCACCGAUAGGCACGGAUACAUCGCAAGAGAAUGGCGGUAUGACCCAGGUGCCCACAUGCCCCCACCUACCAGCGUCCUCGAUGUCAAGCUGAACAAGAGUAUGAACUUCGAGUUCCUGGAUCGGCGCGAAAUGCGAAUCAAGUUCUUGCACGAGGGUAUCUCCCACGAGCUUGACGCUGGCGUGCACCCGAAGCGGGAGGGUACCUACCUUGACAACAGGCAGCAGGCGUUCGGCAACGCCAUGAAGGCCAAGCGGGAUCGCCUGAAGCCGAGGAGUCGGAAUCUAGCGGGAGCUUGCAAGAGUCUCGUUGCCAGCCUCGAAAACGGUUUUGACGGGAUGAACCCUCAGGUUGAACCGUUCCCCGACCCGUCUUGGAAGCACGAUGCUCUUACGGCUACCUACGGAGAGCUGCCCAGAAUACGGAGCACGGGGCUAGAGGUCGGUCCCACCCACGGCCUAGGGAGCAUGAUCUACGAUGACGAUGACGACGGCAGAGGAGGCCCAGGAAUGCGCCGAUCAAGGUCGUGGGGUGGGGGUGCAGGGGUUGGGAGUGGGGGUGAGGGGGGCCGCGGCGACGACGCUUUCGCGGCGGCCUCGAGGCUGAGGAAGGGCGGGAAGUGGCUGGGGGAGCUGGACGUGCGACUCCAGGUGUCCGCCGAGAACCCGCUACUCAAGAGGCUGCGAGCCUUCCUCGAGGAGGAGGCCGCGCCCGACCAGCUGGUGACCGUGCUUGGAGUUCGCGGAGACGACCCGGCGUGCAAUAAGGUGCAGACCAUCGCCGAGCUCGCGAACUGCUUUCUCGUUCAGGGCUUGUCCUCCUCCUCCGGGGAGGGAGGCUCCGAAGGGGGGGAAGGGGGCGAGGGCGGGCGCAUGAACAACAACAGCAGGAGCAGCAGCGCGGCCGGCCCCUCGAGCCGUGCCUCUGUCUCGGGCGCUGAGAAGUACAGGAUGGUGAGGGUCGACUUCGCGGAGCACCGGGCCACGGCGGAGCUGUACGGGGUUCAAGCCCUCCCGGCGUUCCUCAUGUUUCAGGGGGGACGGCUUGCCUGGGUGGGGACGCUGGGGGGGAGUCCCCUGAAAGCGGCGCCUCCUGCGGGUGCAGCGGGUGGGAGGAGGGUGCUACUCGUGGAACCGUGCGCAAAGCGGCAAAUCUCGACAGAGCGAGCGCUCAGGAGAUUCGGGUGCAGCUGGGAUCUAGUCCUCAACGCUCCACAAGCACUUUUGCGGAUACAGGUGGCUAGAACAAACUCAAUGGCUUCCGAUUCCGGCAACGCGGCCUCUCCAAACGGAGAGGGUUACGGCGUGCUGAUGAUAAGCAACGCCCUGGGAGCUGCGGAGGUCAUCGCUUUGGAAAAGGCCUUACACGGCGGUGGAGCAGGUUUCAGCGGCGGCGGCGCCGACUCCGUCGUCGUCGGCCUCGCACACGUGCAGGGCGACCCCUCCGCCAUGGGCAGCGCCGCCCUUAGGGUCGUCUCGGCCGGCUUUACCGAGGCCGCCGACGGGAAGCGGGCCGUGCUGUCCCCGCACCUCGCCCUCGUCGCCGACGUGGCCGUCAGCACGCCCGUGAGAACCUCGGCUCUGGAGGCGGUGUUCGAUAGGUGCUGCAACCGGCCGAAAGAGGAUGCCAGCGUAGCGGGAGUGGGAGGGAAGAGAGGCGAUGGAAAAGGGGGCGUGUCGUUGUCGAUGUCGGCGAGCUGCAGCGCGCUGGAAGGCGGGGACGGCAGGUACAAGGGCGUUACGCCAUCGCGGCUGUUGCAAAAAAUGGAGGAAGUCGGAGCACAGUUGGCCAUGGGGAUAUUCGCGUCCAAUCAGGCGACGAAGGCGGGAAGACAACACCGGCCGGGGCGGGGAGGUGCCGCUGCGUCCGCGGGAAAGGGGGGGAUACUAUUGUCUGCACAGGAAACGAGCUGCAAAGGGUUUCUGUUGGAGCGUUCAACGCUGCAGCGGAUCGCUCUCUAA